GCAUGCUAGGCUGUGCUUUGCGGCUGUGUUAAAACUGCCGUCGAUUGCGGGCCUUACGCCCACUUUUGAACGUGCAGCGGCGCGUCACACCGCCCCGCAGACCCACGCAGCGCUAAGCAAACGCGCAGCGGCGUCGCGUGGUCCAGUAGAGACGUACAAACAGUAAAAACGCAAAAAGCACUGUUAGAUGCCCGCCCGCCGCAACCGCCGCCUCAGCGGCGCUUCCGCGCUCGCGGACGCGUCCAGCGACGAGGAAGAAGAAAGAGAAGAGGUCCCGAAGCCCAAGCCCAAGGGCCGCCGCCGCCUCUCGAGCGGCGCCGCUUUGAUGGCGUCCGAUAGCGACGAGGAAGAAGCCAAACCUAAGAAGAAGACCAACCGCCGCCGCUCAGGAGUAGCGAGCCGCCGUAGUUUCGGCAAGGCGGCGCUCGCCAGGACCGCCGCAGUAGACAUGUCCGCGGACGAGGUCGCGGCCAUGUACUCGAAGACCAUCAAGAUGGCCACGGAAGGCAAGAUCAACGCCAAGAACGCCUGGAACCUGCCGCUCAUCGACCACAUGCGCGACGUCGUCAAGGGCGAGGAUUCCACAGAUAAGAAGCGGCCGCAGCGCGCCGUGAACUUCCAGAAGGCGUCGUGCACGAUCGAGGCCGGCAUGAAGAUCUAUUGUUCCCGCGUCGAUGAUACACUCACCACAUCUUAUAGGGUGCUCGAGUCGUUGCAUAGGGGCAAGGACGAGAACAAUGACGAGGAGGAGGACAACGAGCCGAACGAGAACGACGACGAAGCGACGCAGGCGAAGAAAGCGAGGAAGAAGAAGGAGAAGAGAAGAGGAGACGCCGCCUCGACAUUGGCUUCACUAGAUCAGAUCGACGCCGUUGAUGUGGACGAGGCCGCGACGGACGUGCUGUUCUCGCGCCUGUCUCGUUCUGGAGGUAGUGGAUUGACGGACGGCACGUCGGCGCGAGCCAUGCUUUUGUUGAGGCUCGCGGCGGAGGGCGCCUGCGUGUCGUUCGGGGAUUCGGGUGUUCUGGACGAUGGGCAGGAGGACGCCGUCGUGCACGUGCAGCCGUUGAGGGAUUUGUUGCCUACCGUUCCGACGGAGUUCUGCCCCGCUUUAUCACAAUUACGAAGAGAGGUCGAGGACGGCGUCGUGGCCGAGGAGGUUGUUCCGGAGGACGAGGGCGGCUUCCUCGCGGGCGCCGACGAUGACGAUGACGGUUGUCGCUUCGACGAUGGCGAUGACGUCGGUGGUGAUCUGGAGGGGGCGCUCGACGCGGCGUUGAACGACACGGCCGGUGGGUUGGGCGCGCCGGCGGCGGUGGACGGGGAACUGGACGCGACGGCGGCCUUCGCGCUCGUGAGCGGCGCUUUGGCUCGCGCCGGCGACGCGAACUUCUUCGACGCGGCGCGGCUGGCGGUUUUUAUGCGGCGUCCUUUUUUUGCCAUUGACGCGUCUCUGAUCAUCAACCUACACAGGCGCGGAACGCCUGGGCCGGCGCGGCGCACUGGAAGGCCGCGGCGCGACCGAAAGCCGCCCCGAAGGACGGUCCCGCCAAGAAGAAGAAGCGCGCGGCCACCAAACGCGAGUCCGACCUCGACUUCGGCGGGCCGCCUCCUUCACCAGAUGCGCUCGCGCCGCCGCCGCCGAAGCGGGGCGGCGCGGACCCGCUCGCGCUGGGCCCGGCGGCGCUGCAGCGGUUGCAUGCCGGCGCGCGCGACCUGGUGCUGCCGCCGGACUUGCGGGUCACGCCGGGCCAGCUGCGGAGGCUGUUUUUGCUGGAGGACGUGGCCGUCGCGGCCGCGGCGCGGGGCGACGAGGCCGCGCUCGAGGGGUUGGGCGAGGGGUAUGGACAAGCGGAGUCCGACGACGACGAUUAUGGCGGGUUUGGUGGCGAUGAGGAGAAUGAGGACCGGUUCGCGAUUCCUGAUGAUCCUAUGACCCCCGGCUUCCAGAAGGGGCGGCCGUCGGUGCUGCCGACGCCGGGGCGGGCGUCCUUCUCGGGCGCGGACGGCCCCGAUCUAUUAGCGUGCGGGAGGAAAGUGGACAAGGUGCAGAUCGCCUACGCGACGCGGGCCAAGAAGGUCGACGUCCGCAAGCUCAAGGCGCAGAUGUGGCGCGACGUCGAGGCGACGCCGGAGUCGGACUUCGCGGCCGUGGUCAACCGCGUGGGGGCGCAGCAGCGCCAGAGCGACGUGACGAUGCCCUUCUACUUCAUCUGCCUGCUCCACCUGUGCAACGAGAAGACGCUGGCGCUGAACGCGGACGGGCUCAAGAACUUCGCGGUGUCGACGGAGGGGUAGGCGGCGCGUUUCCCUUCUUCCCGCGUAAGACAAGUACACAAUUA